GGAUGGGCAUCUAUGGAGUAUUCCAUUUCUAUAGAGCUCGAUGUGGGGCAUGCGUUACAUACUCGUAGUAAAGAUCUCAAAUCAUCAGAGGUUGAUCUUCACGGUGGCAUUUGUCCUUCUGACUUCGGACUUUGCUCCUGUUUCCUGGUGUGCUGGUGGAAGUUUAUCCCGUACUUCGUGGUGUGGGUAGUAGAAAAGUCAAAAAAUAGGGAUUCAAUGAUGAAGUGGGAGUUUGGACGGGACAUACACACGUCCAUGUGAAACCAUAGCAGGGUAUGGGUCGGAAUAUAAACUCCGCGCUUUGGCAGUCGCUAGUUAGUCUCAUAUGCUUUGAUGGGAUGUAGAUACUGUUUUUGCGCUGGUUUCUGUUUAAUGGUGGCUAUGAUUCUGUCGAUUCUAGUCGGUCAGUAGUACAUGAAAAGUGAUAGAUAGUCAUCUCAACUUAUCCUAAGCAAGCUGGAAUAGCCGGCAUUUGGAAAACAACACACAAUUCAAAUCC